CCAUCCCACAAAUCUUUUAAUCAAGACUAGUGAUAUCAUCACCAUGGACAGUUUUUUAAUCCUUCCCUAUUUAUUUCCAAGAAGGAUGCAUAUUAAAUCCAAUGGUCCCUUUCUGAAAAAGAAAAGCCCAAUAAUCUGGAAAGGGACAGAGGGCUGUAUGGCCCCAUAACCAUAUGUAGGUGAGUCACAUCCUUAUCCUGCAAUCAAUACAACACCAGGAAACCACUUUUGACACUCUUAUGGACAUUGGUUUUCAGGUUUGAUUGUUUUCAAGUCAGCAACUCGUGCAGGAAGAGAGAAGCUGCACACAUCCAACCCACCCCAUUUCCCUUCCAUUGACCUGUUUGACAAUCUAUGAGCUCCAACAAAACGACCACCAAUGGGACAUUCCCUUCAGCUUCCCUCCACAGCCCACCAAUGGGGAAGAUGUAUAAAUAUAGCAGGCAUAGGAUGUAAUCCACACCAAAGACCCUUCCAAAAUGGAUGAUCACCCAAACCAUGCGAGCUCCCAUGACCCCAAAACCCCACUUCUACCAAUUAGAAGACCCCUACAAAACCAGCACUUCUCAUUCAAAUCAGUGUUGCCCACCAACUAUCUCUUCAUCCUUCUUGGCCCCUUGGCAUGCACAUUUCUAUGCCUCUUUGUCGACCUCCAUGAUCAUGGUUCGAGCAGAAACAUGCUGGCUGUCCUCUCAUGGGUCUUCAUAUGGUGGCUUACCGAGGCCGUGCCGAUGCCAAUCACCUCCAUGUCCCCUCUCUUUCUCUUCCCCAUCUUUGGAAUAGCUUCAUCCGAGGAAGUCACAAGAUCAUAUAUGAACGAUGUCAUCUCUCUCAUGCUAGGUAGUUUUAUACUAGCAUUGGCUGUAGAGCAUUAUAACAUCCACCGGCGACUAGCCUUAAAUGUAACCUUGUUGUUCUGCGGGGACCCUCUGAACCCCAGACUGCUGAUCCUUGGGAUUUGUGCCACGACAGCAUCCAUAAGCAUGUGGAUGCAAAACACAGCAGCAGCAGUGAUGAUGAUGCCAGUAGCCACUGGCAUACUGCAAUGGCUCCCAGAAGGGGGUCUUGAGGUGCAGCCGGCUGUGAACCAGUUUCGCAAGGGAGUGAUACUAGGGGUGAUAUACUCGGCGGCCAUCGGAGGGAUGAGCACGCUCACAGGAACUGGUGCCAACCUCAUACUGGUGGGGAUGUGGGGGAGCUCCUUCCCUGAGGAGAUGCCAAUCAGUUUCAGCACUUGGUUCUUCUUUGGUUUUCCCUUGGCAGUGGUGAUAUUCUUUGCAUUGUGGGGUCUGCUUUGCCUAUGCUAUCUGUCAAAGGGUUCUACAGGUGUGCUUUCAUGUUAUAUAGACAAAAGCAGCUUGAAGAGGGAAAAAGAGUUGCUAGGUCCCCUGGAUUUUGCUGAAAAGAUGAUUCUAGCUGUGUUUUCAUUGCUUGUGGUUUUAUGGAUGACAAGAAGCAUAACAGAUGAAGUACCUGGAUGGGGUUCUCUAUUUCAUGGACGAGUGGGUGAUGGAACUGUUAGUGUGAUGAUGGCAACCUUGUUAUUCAUAAUUCCAAACAGAAAGCAAGAGGGAGAAAAGCUGAUGGACUGGAACAAAUGCAAGAAGAUCCCAUGGAAUGUCAUACUGCUACUGGGGGCUGGUUUUGCGAUUGCCGAUGGUGUACGCUCGAGCGGCCUAGCCGACAUACUCUCUGAAAGCCUGGGUUUCCUGAAGACAGCCCCACAGUUAGCAAUCACUCCCCUGGUUUGCCUUGUUAGCAGCAGCAUCACUGAGUUCACAUCUAAUAAUGCCACCGCCACGCUGGUCAUCCCUCUCCUCAUCCAACUGGCAAAAACCAUGAGCAUCCACCCUCUCCUGCUGAUGGUUCCUGGGGGCAUUGGAGCUCAGCUCGCCUUCUUACUUCCCACCGGCACACCAUCUAACAUCGUCGGAUUCACGACUGGGCACAUCGAGAUCAAAGACAUGAUUAAGAUUGGACUGCCGCUAAAGGUGGCUGCCAUUGGAGCAUUAUCACUGUUGAUGCCCACACUAGGUAAAGAAGCUUUCAUAUUCUCGGACUAAUUUGGUACAUCUGAUUUACUGCUAAAUUUGAUUUACAAGCUCUGACCUACUUCCAUGUGUGCAGGUGCAUUUGUCUUCAGGACCCAGUAAACCUGGCAUUAUCUUGAAUUUGCACAGAGGUGUGAAGAGUCCAUGAAUCUGUAACGAAAUCUUUGCAUCCUAUCUGUCGAUUUUGAGCUGAAUUUUUAUGUAUAGGUUUCCCUAUUGGUCAAGGAAUAUAUGAGUUUCACUCCAUCUAGUUCAAGUUUUAUAUAACUUAUUUGUAAUCCAAAGUUCCAAUUAUGCCAAAUGUUUCUAGCAUACGGUAAUGUCUUUAAAGUAUACAAACUGUGUAUCAUACAGUUUGUAUACUAGAUGGGUAAGGAGAUUUUUCUGGAAGAGUUGUGCACUUGUACAAUUAUAAUUAGGUAUACAAACUGUAUAUCAUACAAAUCUGUGUAAUAAGUGCACAUCUAUUACAAAAUAAUUGAGUAAAAGCUUCAUUUAUUAGUUGAAAACACAUGAAAUGGAUUUGUAAGCAAAAAAAAAAA